UUCACAGCAUAUGUGUUUAUCCUCGUAACAUUUUGACACAAAGAUCAGUCUCCGUCAAUGGAAUUCUUCAACAAAUUCCUUUGCUUUCUUUUGUUUGCAUGCUUUAUGACCAGAGGUAGCCUUCAGUGCUUUCCUGGGACAGUUAAAGACCUUGUUGUUAAUCAAGUUAGAACCAAUGCGGGGUCGAAAGUGACAAUCACCAAUAAAUGCGUGUGUAGCUUCUUGGAAGUGACGCUACUUUGCCCCGGAUUUGAUUCUGUCAAAAAAAUUGAGCCGCCUAUGGCGGUGUCCACAAACGGCCGGAAUUGUCUUAUUAACAAUGGAAACCCUAUCUAUGGUGGAAAAACAUUUGAAUUCACUUAUACCUCGGAUGUAGAGAUUGCAUUUGCUCCACUUUCCUUCCGAGAAGCAUGCUCUUGAAUGAAAGAUUGUUGCUGAUUCUCAGACUUAAUGAAAUAAGGAUCUUGCUAAAUCUACAUCAGAUUUUGAAGAGUGGGUUACAUAACGUCACAUUGCUUUAUCAAUUGCUGGUUUAAAAAGCAAUCAAUUUUUUCAUCCAAACUUUUCUCUACAUAUCAUCUCAUGUAAUCCCUUAUGCAUCAUUUUUAUGUACAAGUAGCGUAAUCCAUGA